CCGACCGACACACUCACUAACUCACUGACUGACUGACUGACUGACUGACUGACUAACUCACUCACUCGUUCCUUCUUCUCUGACUUGCAAUUACACAGCUAAAUGAAAGAAAUCCUGCCGCUACUAUUGGAUUCAUCGCUGGAUUGAUUUGCCUGACGGCCGUGGAGCCCCAGUCACGGCUGGACAUUGCCGCACAUCACCCCCAACCCACCCAUUCACCUACACACCCUGUCUGUCUGUCAGUCGUCAGCCCCUCCAUCCGCAUUGGUGCUUCGGCCAUUAGUCUCAUUUUUCAUGACAAAUCUGUAAAAAGCCUGCCCAAACCCAACCACCUCCUUAUCGAGAACCCAGGAGCCCAGCUUCCAACACGCCCCAUCGUGAACCGGUCCAGAGUGGUCGCCUCUGGUGACAGCCCAUUCAUCCCGGACCCGCCGGCUGUGGGCGCGUGUGUGCCUUCCGUUGUUUUGUCCCAGGAGGUCUUUGCUCCUCCAUGUUGAGCCGACCGGGGCCGCUUAUCGAUUGACGCGUUCCAGCGCACCCGCUCACCGGUGAAUGUCCCAGAAUUCGUAUGCUCAGCACCGUCCGGGCUCUUUGACGCACCCAUCAGCCCGCCGAUAUGACGGUCAAAUUGCCCCCCACCGCUCAGGACCGCCCGGUUGAUCCGUUAGCCGAUCCCCCGCCCGCCGUUCCGCCCAUUCCUCAAGGGGGCGAGUCGGGAUCUGAUCCUGCGCCUGCUCUGGGGUCCGAUGGGUCGGUAGGUCCUGUUGCGCCUGUGCUCGCCGUGGCCCCGUCGGCCAUGGGCGAUGGCGUCACCCCGGGUGCUCCUCCGCCCGAAUUGGGAUCGGCUCCCAUGGCCAGCCUCAGCGAAGUCGAGGUGGCGGCGCUUUUGGCCGUGUAUCCUGUGACUAAACUCAACAAGUUGGAGGAGUUGAUUUCCAACACGCGGUGGGUCAUUCCCGUGUUGCCCAAGGCCGAACUUGAAUUGCUUUUGGACGCGUCCAUUAAUUUGGCCCGGCUCCAAAUCGACCACCUCAGCGAGGCUUGCCAACGGUUCUAUCGGGAGGGCUUGCUCGUCUCUUUCACCAAGAUUAUGACGGAUGAGGCUGUCUCCAGUUGGCGGGUCGAUAUUCACAAAUGCAUUCUGAAAAAUUGUGAGCGCCUCAUUGAGUUGUGUGUGAUCAAGCUCCUGGAUCCCCACUUUCCAUUGUUGGACUUGUUGGGUCUGGUGCUCAAUCCGAGUAACAAGUUCCACUUGUACAACGCGGCCACGGCUUGCGAGUCCGAGUUUUCUCAGGGGGCGCAAAUCGAUUCAUAUCCGCCCACGGUGUUUGCCAAACCGAUUGACGUUCGGCAGCCCCGGGGUUGGCUCGUCGAUUUACUCAAUCUGUUCGGUCACCUGGGCGGUUUUGACCGUCUAUUGGAGCGAUUCCAAAAUGAGGAGGGUCUGACCGUGCCUUUAAUGCUCGUGCUCAUCCGUCCAUUUGGCAUGUGCGGCGCUCUUCUCACCCCGGAAACCUUGGUCAAGUACUUCUUGCCGAUUGGCGAGGCCGUACCCAAGUACUUGGAGAGCUUGAGCGACGGCGAGCUCAAGAAAGAAACCAAGAUGGAGUCCAAGAAUGAUACCCUGUCCGUCAUAAUCAAAUCUCUGAAGACUUUGGUCUCGAUCAUUCCCAAUCAGGAUGAGAUGGUCCGUGCCUUGGAGUCGUUUCGUCUGAAGAUGAUCCUGAGGCAGCUUCAGAUCUCAUCAUUCGGAGGAAAAAUGAACGCCCUCAAUGAGGUCAACCGAGUGAUAACCAGUAUAACUUACUGUCCACAACAGCGCCACCCUUCGGUAGAUGAAGAGGACUUCCUGACCGCGGACCGAAUGGCGGCCUGGUUGAAAGAGAAUAAAGUGCUUCAAAUCGUGUUACAAGACUCCUUGCAUCAACCUCAAUACGUGGAGAAGCUCGAAAAAGUGAUUCGUUUCAUCAUCAAGGAGAAGACGCUGAGUCUGGAGGAUUUGGAUGACAUAUGGGCGGCCCAAGCCGGACAACACGAAGCAAUCGUGAAGAAUGUGCACGAGCUCUUGGCCAAAUUGGCUUGGGAUUUUUCACCAGAGCAACUAGAUCACCUUUUCGAUUGCUUUCAAAACAACUGGACCACAGCCUCGCCUAAGCCAAGAGAAAAGCUCCUGGAGCUGAUCCGUCGCUUGGCCGAAGACGACAAGGAUGGGGUCAUGGCCGAGAAGGUGCUCAACCUGUUUUGGAACCUAGCCCACAGUGACGACACCUCGACCGACUUAUUGGAUCAAGCACUGGCGGCACAUGUAAAGAUUUUAGACUACAGCUGCACACAAUAUCGUGAUUCUCAGAAAAAUCGUUGGCUCGAUCGAUGCAUAGAAGAGUUAAAAUCGAGCAAAACCUGGGUCCUGCCGGCCCUGAAACAAAUCCAGGAAAUCUGCUGCUUGUAUCAAGAGUCCCCAGCCAACGCCCCUCACGGUCAGAGAGCCCCCACGGUCACCUACCGACACGAGAUCAUCAAUAAGCUUCAGUCGAACCACGCUCUAGUCAUACUUGUGGCCGACAACCUGACUUCAUACAUGGACGAAGUGAGAAAGAGUCCCAAGAAAAUAAUUGAGGGUAACCCGCUGGAGUUCCUACCUGAUGGUCGAUAUAAUCACAUUGCCCAAGUGCAGGAGCGACUCAAUUUCUUGCGCUUCCUUCUGAAAGAUGGCCAACUAUGGUUGUGCGCCCCCCAAGCCAAACAGAUCUGGACAUGUUUGGCCGAAAACUCGGUGUUCCCUCAUGAUCGAGAUGCUUGCUUCAAAUGGUUUUCGAAGCUCAUGGGUGAAGAGCCGGACUUGGAUCCAGAGAUCAAUCGUGAUUUCUUCGAAAACGAUAUUCUUCAGCUUGCACCUGGACUCAUGACUGCCAGCGGGAUCAAAUGCUUUGACAGAUUCUUUAAGGCUGUCAAUUGCAAAGAGGGCAAACUCAUUCUAAAAAGACGUACGUUUCAAAUGGACGACCUGGAACUCAUCGGCUUAGACUACAUCUGGCGUUUGGUCUAUUGUCACGACGAGGAGAUUGCUUCCAAAGCCAUUGACCUUCUCAAGGAGACGUUCACUAAUCUGGGACCGAAGUUGUUGGGCAGUCAGGUGGACAUUCACGAAGAUUUCAUUUCGAGCUGCAUUGACCGAUUGAGGGCAUCCUUCGAUACAAUCUCCAUCCUUGAUCAAAAGGAGUCCUCGGAGAAGUUCCAGCAAGAGCAUACCCGUCUCUGUCGUGUUCUGAAAGUGCUACAAAAAUACAUAAUGGAAUGUGAUAUUGACUAUGGAGAGGAACGCCGCACUCUGAUCCCGCUCUACCGGGCCUCUCGUGGAAAACAGCUGUCUCUUUCCAUUCGAUUCCCCAAUCAAAGCCGACAGAUCGAUGAUGUAGAUAUUUGGACCCACACCAACGACACCAUGGGCGCCGUGAGAAGACAGAUUAUCCAGAGGCUAAAGGCCAAUCCCAACAAUGUCCGGUUGGAAUUAUUUUGCAACGGUGAGGUGGUGGAGCCCAUGGAUGAUCGGAAGACUUUGGCCUAUCUUGAUAUCAAGGACAAGUCCGUGUUGUCAGCCAAAAUUUGUCAAGUCGGUGGCAAUUUGGCAAGUUCUCCUGACUCGAGUUCAGAUAGUUCCACCAGCUCACCGAGACAUCACCAUUAUGAGGGGCCCAAUCUUGAGAUGGAGCAUUGCCUUCCUGGCGUGAUCAUUUCCCAGCGAAAACGAAACUGCGAGUUUUUGCUCCAGUUAGCUCAUCUUGGAUCGACCAUGAAGAAUAUGGUUCUUCAAGAUGCUGCCCGGGCUGUGCUCAAACUCAUUCCAGCCGAUGUCCACACUGUGGAGCAUCUUCGAAGCUAUUGUAGAGAUGUUGACCUUCAAUUAUCGCCUAUCCAGAUUUGGGAGAACAUUUUCUUUUCUGUCACACCAAGUCAGACCUUAUACAACUUGGAAGUGUGCUACUCCUUAUUAAUGCCCGGUCAGGGCACCCUGAGUGAAAAGACGGCAGAUUUUCAAUUGUCCUUCAUCAAAGCCAAAGGGAUACCUGCCAUGACAGCAAUGUUGACGAGGAACAACUUUCUGAAUGAGGCUGAUUUGGUCACGAAACGAUCGGCAUACUUGAUCCUCUUGAAGAUCUGCAAGCUUGUUCUCACCAUCGCAGGCAACUCAUUGGUACACAUGGUGGCCGAGGCGUGCCUUCCUGACUCAGCUGUGUCAGUCACGGCCUCGGUUCAUAAUCAAGCUGUGGUUCUGCAGCAAGCGUUGGCUCAAAUCCCAAGUCUCUCCCAUGAGAUCAUGAUCAGAAAUGUAGCCCAAAGAUUAGCUCCUCAGCUCUUGGAGAGUGGUGCCAACAGCCUGCCCGAUCAGAACACGGUCCGAGCAAUUAUUCGUGUCGCUUGGUCCGCCGGAGCUGGAAACUUUGCCUUAAUGAAUGCUUUGCCCGACGAGGUUCAUUCAUGUUUCCAAUCAGACACUUUAGAGCCAUCCGACGAAGACGUCGACCUUUGCCGAGAGGCACUUGAGGUCUUGACUCUGGCCUUAGCCCUUCAUCCUUUGAGUUUUGAAGGUCUGGGCAAAGACAAGUCGUGGCAUAACUUUAUUAUUGACCUGGUCCUCCUGAGCAAUUCCCGCCUCAUCCGCAUGACCGCGGCAGAGCAAUUCAUUUUGAUAGCCACUCGAUGCUCUGCGGAGCCUCAGCCCCUCAAGCUUUUCCUCACGCUGCUUUUCACGGUAUUGGAAACCAAGGCCAAUGAAUUCGCUCUCAAGAGUUCCGAAUACUUCUUCCUUCUGACCCGACUUCUUUCCUUUGCAUCCACGAACAACAUCCCGGUACCUUCAGCUGAAGGGUUACUGAAAAAUGAAAUCAAGUGGCUGAAGAACGUUAAAGAUUCCAAAAGUCAGAGUGGAGUCACAGAUUGCAAUGAUAACCUGCUCGAGGGACAUCUCUCUGUAUGCCGAGAGCUUCUGGCCUUCAUGAGCCCUGAAAUGAAGUUUGAAAUUGGAUCCAGCAACAAGUCUGGUAUUCACCUAGUCAGAGACAUCAUUGACGAGUUCAUCUUCCCUGCUUCGAAAAUGAUCGUGAUCUUCCGACAGACGGGAGAGAUCCCCUUGAAUCAGGUCCAAGCUAUAGCCCAAUCGCCUCCCACGGUAAUGGCUGCCUUUGAUCUGCUCGUUGGACUUUGCACCGGAUGUCCCGCCAAUCUGAAGUUGGUGGCCAACAUUCUUACCGAGAUGUUCUACACCGACAAGGAUGAUGUUCUGAACGAUUGGGAGUAUUUGCCCCCGAUUGGUCCGCGUCCAAACAACGGAUUCGUAGGACUGAAGAAUGCUGGAGCCACUUGCUACAUGAACUCGGUUCUCCAACAGCUUUUCAUGAUUGAUGGCAUCCGGGAAGGCAUUCUCUCAGCCGAGGGUGCUUGCAAUGACCCUGAGGAAGACUUCAGCACAGAUGAGCGGGAUGAUGACCAUGAAGAAAUCGUGGAAGGCGAGCAAAAUAGGGAGUACAAGAUCCUUAUCUUGAAGCAAGUCCAAGCCAUCUUUGCUCAUUUGGCCUACACAAAGCAACAAUUCUACAUCCCGCGUGGGCUGUGGAAACACUUCCGUAUGAGGCAAGGCGAACCGGUCAAUUUGCGUGAGCAACAAGAUGCUUUGGAAUUUUUCAUGCAACUUCUUAACCUGGUGGACGAAGCUCUCCAAGCCUUGGGCUACGAGCAAAGGAUUGCCAAUGUUCUGGGUGGGCUCUAUUUGGAUCAGAAGAUAUGCAAAACGUGUCCCCAUCGUUACUCGCGCGAGCAAUCCUUCAAUGUGAUAAGCGUGGAUAUCAAAAACUUCAGUAACUUGUCAGAUUCCUUGCAUGAAUAUGUCAAAGGCGAAUUGCUAGACGGGAGCAAUGCCUAUUACUGCGAGCGCUGUGACAAAAAAGUGGAUACCAUCAAACGGCUCUGCGUGAAAAAGCUGUCCCCUAUUCUGGUAAUCCAAUUGAAGAGAUUCGACUACGACUACGAGAGAGAAUGUGCAAUCAAAUUCAACGACUAUUUCGAGUUCCCAAGAGAUUUGGAUAUGGAGCCCUAUACCGCGGCCGGAUUGGCCAAGAUUGAGGGCGAGCCCUUGGAGUGCGACCCCUCGGACCUCGAAGGCCAAGUGGUUCGCCAAUAUCGACUACGAGGCAUGGUUGUUCAUAGCGGGCAAGCCAGUGGUGGUCAUUACUACUCUUACAUUCAAUGCAAAGGGUUGGACGGACAAUUUGCAUGGUUCAAGUUCGAUGACGGAGAGGUGACCGAGAUCAAGAUGGAAGACGACGAGGAGCUGAAGGCCCAGUGCUACGGUGGCGAUUAUAUGUCUGAGGUAUUUGAUCCCAUGGCCAAACGGAUGACCUAUCGCAAGCAGAAACGUUGGUGGAAUGCUUACAUGCUCUUUUACACGAGGGCCGAUCUACAUGAGGCCUCGGUGGCGGAGCAAAUGGCCAAACAAAUGUCCAAACUCACCAUAUCGGCUGGAGACACGAACAUGCCCGAGCUCAAGAAGGGCUCCAUUCCUCUACCGAUCGAAAAGAGCAUUCAAAAGCAGAACGUGAAGUUCCUGCACCACAGAAACCAAUACAACCACGAGUUCUUUCAAUUCAUGAGGAAGAUCAUCAAUUGUAACACCCACUUGGUCACCCCAUCUGGCAGUGCCACGCCACAAAUCGGCCUCACCGAUCGGUUGAGUUCUCAAGGCGAGGAUCUAUCCAUGACCACAAUGCAAUUGGCCGCUAAGUUCUUGUUCUGCUCGGGAUUUCGGACCAAGAAGACACUCCGUGGGCCUGCCCAAGAAUGGUACGAAGCUCUGACCCCUCACCUCCGAUAUUCGCGUCAAGUUCGGUUGUGGUUCUGUCAAAACAUGCUAUUUGCCCAGCCCACUCGCUUCUGUGAAUACAUCCUAGAAUGCCCGUCCUCAGAAGUGCGAACGGCUUUCGUCCGAAUUAUUGUUUUUGUGGCCCAUUUCUCAUUGAACGAUGGUCCUUGUCCAAGCCCGCAAUUCCUAAAGCAAAUCUCGAACCAAUUGGAUUCCGCUGGAAACACCCUCUCCGAUCAUCUUCUUCAGACUGUCUUGGCCCUGUUGACCAUGGAGGCCUCCGAGCACGGGCGUCAUCUGCCCCAAUACUUUACAUUGUUUGUCAUGUAUGCCUCAUUGGGUGUGCAAGAAAAGUCCCAGCUAUUGCGUCUCAACAUCCCGGCCACGUUCAUCAAAGUGGCUUUGGACGAGGGACCAGGUCCGCCCAUCAAGUAUCAAUACACCGAGCUUCAAAAGCUUUAUCAAGUUGUCUCCCAACUCAUCCGAUGUUGUGAUGUUACGGGCAAGUGUCGGUCGGCUUUUGACGGGAAAUCGCCACUACCCAAUCCCCAUGUGGAGUCCUCUUGUCCCAAUGGGAAGCCGAUUAUGCCCAUUCAACCCCUAGUGUACGACCUCGUGUUUGUUCGAGUUGGCUACCUCAAGAAGCUUAUCGAGGAAGCUCACGGGCAAGAGGAUACCAAGAAAUUACUGCUCUUUUGCUCUUGGGAGAAUCCUGUAUUCUCUCAUGCUGUUCUUCAUGAACUUCUGUGGCAAGUGGCGAUUGCUUACACCCAUGAGUUGAGACCGUACCUUGACCUACUGUACGCGAUCCUGUUGAUGGAAGAUUCGUGGCAAAACCUAAGAAUCCAGAAGGCCCUGAGAGGCAUUCUGGACGACCAAUCUGCGAAAGAAGGCUUAUUCGAGACGAUUCAGCGUUCCAAGACCCAUUACCAAAAGCGGGCUUAUCAGUGCAUCAAGUUGCUGGUGCAGCUCUUCACGAAUUGCCCAUUAGCCAAAGAGCUGAUGGAGACCUCAGUGGAUAUUAAACAAAAGUGGGCGUGGUCGGUGGAUUGGCUGAACGAUGAAUUGGAGAACCGUGGUCGGCCUGGUCUCAAUGGGGGAGGUGGGGCCGGACCGAGCGCCAAUAGCCAGUAUUCUUAUACCAAUUGGAGUCCACCCGCCCAAAGUAAUGACAUUGUCAGUGGAUACUUUUUGGAGCGGUCUCACAGUGCUCGACUCACUUUGCAAAAAGCUUUGGAACUCCUUCCAGAAGAUGACCGAGAUCCAAGUGAGGAAGUACGUUUGGAAGAGGCUCAAAGCGAGACCUUGGAUAAUGAGGACGUGGUUGAGCCUUUAGGCUUGGCUCCAGCACCCUUAGAAGCUCCCCCGACUAUUGGCCGGACCACCUCUCCCCUGGCGGGUCUUGACAAAUCCGGUGCUCCUCCACCUGACAUGAAAAAGAGCCAACAAGGUCUAGGUGAAGGUAGAUCGCAACAGCAAUGGAAGUAAGCGACGACCACCACAACAGCAGCCCACCACCGAAAACGAGUGCAUCUGUCAUCACUCAAUUUUGAACUUCUUUAAAUGAAAAAAAAACAUCGUUGAGCGUGGUUUAAUGCUGCGGCAAUGAGUGUGAUAACAUAUUUAUUACCAUUUCUUGAACUUUCCCGUUGAAACGAAUGCGACUUGAAUUGAACUUCUCAAUUACGAGGAACACGCCAUCACCGUCAUCCAGAAAACGUCUCUUAUCCCCGACACAUCCUCCAUAAGUAUACAAUCAGAACGAAAAGAGCAUUUUGACGGCGGUUCCCUCUAGAACAGAAAAAGAAUCAUUUUCGAAUUGAGAGAGUUGUCUUUGCUUUGAAAUAAAAGAUACGAGAACAUGCAGGGUUUUUUCCUUGACUCAUGCCCAUGGAUUGUACACGAAUCAGAUACAUUAAUAAAAGACAGUCACCGAGCA